AUGGCCACUGAACUAGCAUACCGACUGCCAUUUGAUAGUCUGAACUUGGGUAGUAACCCUCAGCAAAGCUUGCGGGCGCUCGGUGGCUCACAACCUUCAGACUCUCGCGGUGGGGCGGGCCGGAGUCGUAGCAGUCCUGCGAACACGUACUCGACGGACGUGGAAGUCCUCGUCCACUUCUUUCAGACUUUUGUGGAUGAUCGUGAGGCAAACCCGAGCUUGGGCAGCGACAGUCUGGACAGGGAUGCCGACGGGACUCGCCACACGGCCGCUGGCUCCGAAGCGGCUGAGGAGCCCGCUGCGCUAGGCGAGCGGCAGAACUUGCGAGGCGUCGCGCCAAAGUACCUGCGCCAUCUGCAAAAAAUUGUCGACCGCGACUCCAAAAUACUUGCUGUUGAGCUGGAUGACUUGUUCACGGCUCAUGAGGAAACGCUCGCUAUGCGCAUCCAGCUGAACACCAAGCGGUACAUUGAAAUCUUGUCUCAGGCUGCGGACGCCAUUAUCGCCACGUUGCGACCGAGUAGGCUGCUGGCUUUGGACACUCUAGACCUAUUGAUGCAGCAGCGGGAGCAAAACGAACAGGAGAACCGUCUCGAAGACCAGGAGCUUUUCGGUAAUGCCGGUGCUGGUGCUGGUGCAGCAGACGAAGAUCCCUACAAGCGCAUUCCCCCGCUUUUGGCGCGGCGCUAUCAGGUGCAGCUGGUCCCUGCAUCAGAGGACAAACCGUUCCGGAUCCGUGAUGUGCGAGCUGAGCAUGUUGGCCGGCUUGUGCAAGUCAGUGGCAUCGUAACGCGCGUGCUCGAUGUGCGCCCACUCGUUCAGGUUGCCAUUUAUGUCUGCGAUGCCUGCGGUACGGAGUAUUACCAACCGAUACCGGGACGACAAUAUAUGCCCCUUUUCUUUUGCUCAAAGCAAGAAUGCAUGCGUUCCGCCACCGGAGGCGGGCGUCUCAUUCCCCAGUAUCGUGCUUUCAAAUAUAGCAAGUUCCAAGAGAUUCGCAUUCAAGAGCCCGCGCACGAUGUUCCCGUUGGUAGCAUUCCACGAACGUUAACUGUUCUGUUGCAAGGCGAACUCUCGAAUGCUUGCGCAGCUGGCGACCACAUUACGGUGGCCGGUAUUUUUUUGCCAACGCUCGUGUCUGGCUUUCGCGCGUUCAAGCAGGGACUCCUGUCGGACACCUACCUCGAAGCCACUUUCAUUCGGCAACAAAAACGGGACUACAAGGAUUAUCAGCGGGAAAUAGCCCGCAAUCAGCUCAUUCAGGCUCGGAUUGCUGAACUCGCCAGUACCGCUGGAGUUUAUGAUCGGCUCGCGCGCUCCAUUGCUCCAGAAAUCUACGGGCACGAGGAUGUCAAAAAAGCGCUCCUUCUGCAACUGGUAGGCGCACCGACCCGUGAACUUGCUGAUGGGAUGCGCCUGCGCGGUGAUAUACACGUAUGCCUCAUGGGCGAUCCCGGUGUCGCCAAGUCGCAGCUGCUUCGCUACAUCUGCAAUGUAGCACCGCGAGGCGUCUACACUACGGGCAAGGGCUCGAGUGGUGUGGGCCUCACCGCAGCCGUUCUCCGUGACUCCAAUACCGGUGAUGUGACGUUAGAAGGCGGCGCCCUCGUCAUGGCUGACUGCGGCAUCGCAUGCAUCGAUGAAUUCGACAAAAUGGAUGAGAUUGAUCGCACCUAUAUCCAUGAGGUCAUGGAGCAACAGACAGUCUCGAUCGCCAAAGCUGGUAUUACGACUUCGCUGAAUGCACGGGCGGCCGUUCUCGCAGCAGCGAAUCCAGUUCAGGGCCGUUAUAAUCGACGACGCUCAGCCGCCGAAAAUAUCAACAUGCCAGCAGCACUGCUGUCGCGCUUUGAUCUGUUGUUCCUCAUGCUCGAUGCACCCGAUCAGGACAAGGACCUGGCUCUUGCCCGACAUGUGACGUACGUGCACCGGACGGGCGAGGCCCCAGAACUCGGAUUCGAACCAGCGUCACCCGACUUGCUGCGAGCCUACGUUGCGCAGGCUCGACAGUGUGUGCCCGUAGUACCGUCCGAGUUGACGGCCUAUGUCGUAGAACACUACGUAGCGCUACGCGCUGAUGAUAAGCAGCGCCGCUGGUUGCCUCGCGGCCACACGACUGCUCGCACGUUGCUGAGCAUCCUACGACUUGCACAGGCACUCGCUCGGCUGCGCUUUUCCAACCUUGUUUCGCGCGAAGAUAUUGAUGAAGCUGUGCGACUGCUCAACUGCUCCAAGGCCUCUCUGGACGAUCCGAGCGAGGCAGGUGGCCAUCGGAACUUGCACGAGCUGGACGCGACAACGCGGAUCUAUCUACUCAUCCGCGACCAUGCUGCUGACCGGGGCGAGCGCUCGGUGCCCAUUGCGGACAUCCUCGAGCAGGCCCUGCAGCAAGGUUUCACUAGCCAACAGUUCUACACCGCGCUGAGUGAAUACGAAGACAUCAAUAUCUGGUCGGUGGACUCGAACCGUACCCGCAUUACAUUCACGGUGUGA